AUGUCUGUCCCGGAGUACCAUGACCAAGGUCCCGUCAAGAUCCCGGCCUCGGUCGACCUGAACGGCCUGGCUGGAAAGUCGGUGCUGGUGACUGGAGGUGCAAGCGGGCUGGGAAAAGCGUAUUCGGAAGCAUUUGCCAAAGCUGGCGCCUAUGUCACCGUCGUCGAUCUGAACGAGUCGUUGGGCAAUGAGACCGUCGCCCAACUCAAGGGGUCUGGGCAAUUCGUCAAAUGCGACGUCACCAAUUGGGACCAGCAGGUCAGCGCGUUCGAGGCCGCGGUGCAGAACUCGCCGCAUAAGAGUCUGGACAUUGUGAUUGCGAAUGCCGGGAUCGUGGGACAGGACGACAUGUUCACGCUGGAAGAUCCCACCGGGCCGCCCCAGAAGCCGAAUCUGAAGACCAUGGAGAUCAAUCUCACCGGCGUGCUGUACACGACCAAGCUGGCCAUCCACUACUUCCGCCGACAGCCCGUCGAAGCCGGGCGCGACCGCUGUCUCAUCCUCAAGUCCAGUCUGGCCGGCUACGUCGAUCUGCCCGGGUCGAUCCAGUACAAUUCGUCCAAGUUCGGCGUGCGAGGGCUGAUGAGGAGUCUGCGACGCACGUCGUGGAAGGAGAAUAUUCGCGUCAAUUUGGUCGCUCCUUGGUAUAUCCGGACACCCAUCCUGCCCGCCGUCGUGCAGGAGUAUCUGGACAACAAGGGGGUAGGCUUUGCCUUGGUGGAAGACUGCGUGCGAGCCAUGCUGCUGAUUGGAAGCGACCAGGCCAUUAAUGGUGCGUGA